UCGCAGCUCCACAGUCCCGCAGAAGCCGGUGGCAGGAGCCACCGAUCCAGUUUUCCUCGUCCCCUAGGCAAAAAGCAGUGCCCCGAGAGGUAACGUGACGGUGAAGUCGGGACCUGUGGAGCAGCCCAAGUGCCACGCCUUCGGGAUGCAGCUGGCAAGUGCGGAGCUGGGGCCAACAAAGCAGAUCCGGGAACGUCGUUUACUUAGGCUCAGGCGGAAGCCGGAGCUUUUGGGGGACGGGACCGCGAAAACCCGGAAACGCCUGGACCGCGCCGGGCUGGCGGCGGCGGGAGCGGGUGGCGCUGCUGGUCAGCGGUCGCGGGGGACCCGGCGGGCUCGGCAGCCUGGGGCGCCCCGCGGAGCUGAGCCGCGGUCCCCAGUGCGCGCAGCCAGCCCAGCUGUUCGAGAGGCAAAUGAAGAUAAGACAAUGUCCGCCAACCUAAAAUACCUUUCCUUGGGAAUUUUGGUCUUUCAGACUACCAGUUUGGUUCUAACAAUGCGUUAUUCUAGGACUUUAAAAGAGGAGGGACCUCGUUAUCUAUCUUCUACUGCAGUGGUUAUUGCUGAACUUUUGAAGAUAAUGGCCUGCAUUUUACUAGUCUACAAAGACAGCAAAUGUAGUCUAAGAGCGCUGAAUCGAGUACUACAUGAUGAAAUUCUUAAUAAACCCAUGGAAACGCUUAAACUUGCUAUUCCAUCAGGAAUAUAUACUCUUCAGAAUAAUUUACUCUAUGUGGCACUGUCAAAUCUAGAUGCAGCUACUUAUCAGGUCACGUAUCAGUUGAAAAUUCUUACAACGGCAUUAUUUUCUGUGUCUAUGCUUGGUAAAAAAUUAGGUGUGUACCAGUGGUUGUCCCUAGUAAUUCUGAUGACAGGAGUUGCUUUUGUUCAGUGGCCUUCAGAUUCACAAGAACUUGAUUCUAAGGAACUCUCAGCUGGCUCUCAAUUUGUAGGACUCAUGGCAGUUCUUACAGCGUGUUUUUCAAGUGGCUUUGCUGGAGUUUACUUUGAGAAAAUUUUAAAAGAAACCAAGCAAUCUGUGUGGAUAAGAAACAUUCAGCUUGGUUUCUUUGGGAGUAUAUUUGGAUUAAUGGGUGUAUAUGUUUAUGACGGAGAAUUGGUAUCAAAGAAUGGAUUUUUUCAGGGAUAUAAUAGACUGACCUGGAUAGUAGUUGUUCUUCAGGCACUUGGAGGACUUGUAAUAGCUGCUGUUAUUAAGUAUGCAGAUAAUAUUUUAAAAGGAUUUGCAACUUCAUUAUCCAUAAUAUUAUCAACACUGAUAUCCUAUUUUUGGCUACAAGAUUUUGUGCCAACCAGUGUCUUUUUCCUUGGAGCCAUCCUUGUAAUAACAGCUACUUUCCUAUAUGGUUAUGAUCCUAAACCUACAGGAAAUCCCACUAAAGCAUAGCAGUUUACUAUCUUAAACUGGUUUUUCAAGAUGGUGCACUAGAAAUCUCAACAUUAAUCCUGCACAGAGGACUUCAUACAGAUUAUGUGAAGAUAUGCUGAAUCUGAUUAUAUUGUUCAGAUGGUCUGAAAUUAUAAAAGUUUAAGGAAAAAACAUGUAUAUAUGUAUUAAAAAAAUACCUAUUGCAUCUAGAAAUUAAAACUUGAAAGUAUUUCCAGGGGUUAGAAUACUUUAAUUAGAGAAAAGUCGAAAUCUGAGUUUAAAAAGAUUUUACCUUUUUGAUUGCUGCAGAAAUGUCCUAUGCACUCUUUGCAAAAGCACACAAAUGUCAGAUAUCAAUUUUUGCAAAUCAGAUAAAUUUAAUCUUAUUAAAUGUUUUUUUAUCUUACUCUUCUUGUACAGAUAUAUCAAAUCACACAGAAUAUUCAAAGUCUGAAAACUGUAAUUACACAUAAAGCUUUGAAGAAUUAGAAGUAUAUAUGAUUUGAAAAAACAUUUUCACAUGUCUAAGAUUUUUAUAUUUAUAUAAAAGAUCACUAAACAAAGGAUUGCUAAAUGUUACUUGUUAAAUUACAUAAAAAUUGAUAAAGUAACAUUCUAGUUUAACUUAUCAGAGAAUAAAAUUCAUAUUUAAAUUUAAUGUAGAGAGAUACAAACAUCUAUUUCUCCAUAUAUGUUUUAAGACCUUCUAGUGCUUCAAACCACUGAAAGCAAUUCAGUUGCUUCUGUGCUAGAUAGGAGCCAAUGACUUUUACACUAAUGGAGUUUUGCCCUUAAUCUCCUAAUUGUAUUUUUUUUCUGUAAAUCAGAUAAAUUUAACAUUAAAUUAAAUUUGUAUAUGUAUUAAUUUCCAUUAAAGUUUUAAAAUAUAACUUAAAGGACUAAAUGCUCACUUAAUGAUUUAAAAUAAAAUUUUUGUUAUCUAUAAAAUCUCCAUUUGGAGAACUUUGGAGUAUUAAGCCUAUAUUGUAUACAAGUAGGACAUUUUAAAUGAAAAUUUGGCUCAUUGAUCUCUAAAAACUUCCUUUAAUUCUACAGCUACUAACAACAACAAAAAUAGUAUAGAUGUUUGUGAGUUGAGACCAAGAUUACUUUUCUUGGAGACAUUCCAGGUUGCCAUGGUAUUACAUUAUUUUAAAUGAUACAAUACCUUUAAUUUCAAGGCUCCUCAGAAGAACUUUUGAGACUUCUCAUAAAGCCAGUUCCCCCCAGAAAUGCUCUUAUCACAUGUCUAGGAGGGGCUGAUGAAUCCUGAGUUUCCUUUCUGUAGCUCAACAAGAGCUGCUGGGAAGAAGCCACCACUCUGCUUUAAAAUAGUGGUUUCUUUUAAAUAGUUCGAUUAACACUGGAGUUGAGGUUGUAAAUUAUAAAUUAUUUAAUAAGUUAGUUAAUGGGAAAGAAAAUAUAUCAGAAAUGGGAAGAUGAAUUAGUGGGCAAAAAUGCUUUCUAAAAUUGGAAUAUAGGUUUAAAUUUAAUUGUUGAGUACAGGUAGAAUUAGUUAUUAAGUAUAAAGAAUAUUUUAUGUUUUCAUUUAUACUGUAUAUAUUUUUAAAGUCUCCUACUAGAUAUUAAAACUGUAAAAAUAGAAUUUGGCUCAAAAAUAUUAUGUUACAAACUGUUGGGUACUCUUGGCUAAUUAGAACGGUCUAUGUUACCUUGCUGAUGAAAACCUAGCCUCUACAGGAUGCAUGCUAAUCUAUUUUAUCCAGAAUUUUAGUGUUUAAAAUCACAGAACAUUUUAAAUCAAUUUAAUGGUGAUUCCAAUUUGGCAACAAGUAAACUUUCUGGUUGCCAGACUUAAAAUUUUCAAUGAUAACCAACUAGAGUAUUUGUUUAAUAACUUUUACCACAUUUAAAGCAUGGUAUUUUUAGACUGCAACAAACUCAGACUUUUAUAUCUUAUUACCUACUUUAAAUGCCAUGUAAAAUCUAAAUCUACAAGUGCAUAGAAUUUGCAACUAAAUAUAAGGAUUUUCAUUCAGCCACAUCGAAAUACUGCUUGGUUGCUUAUGUAUUAAUUCAGUGCAUAUUCACAAUUAAUUAAUUCAGUUUUAGUCUGCCCCUAUUUUAACACUUCAAAAACUGAGGCAAGUAAAUCAUUGGAUAUUAUACAUGCAAGUUACGGUGAUAAAUAAUACAUAUUUAGGUGUCCAAAAUAACAGGAUUCCUAACAAAGUUUAUAAAAAUCAAUGUGAGAAAGGACAAAAUAUUUUAAAGUAUAUUUUCAAAGCAAAUUUUUAUCAGGCAUAAUUUAAAAUUUGCUUUUCUAGUAGGUUCGAAAACGUUUGUUAUUAAAGAUUGGGCUGUGUAGUUCAUAAUUGUUAACUCAUGAAAAAAUAAAUAUAUUUGGGAAGGUAGACCUGUGGCCUGGAUCAUGUCAUAUACAAUGAUGCCAUUUUCUUAUGUGUAUGGCGUGUCUUAAUGACCUUUUGACCUCCAAAGGCCUUACUGUAUCAAUCUUUUAUAACGAUGAAUCUUUGAUUCUUUAAACUACUAUGCUUUUUACAACUAUUUUGUUCUUUGUGAAAAUGUACUGAUAUAGGCUAAUAAAAAUUAAGAACAUGGUAUUUUGGAAGAAAAGUUUGAAAUGCAACAAAUUGAUGUUUCAAUAGUAAUACCAAUUCUUUAAUAGUAAUUUUAGAGAAGUUGUAGGCUAUUUUAUGGUAGAAAACAUAGCUUAGAGAUGCAAAACUUAAAUGUUUACAUCAAUUUAUUUUGCAUGUCACAGAAUUUCACUGAAGGAAAGGUAGUUUGAUAUUUAACCUAGAUUCUGAGGAGAUAGAAUCUGAAAGGAACUUUGACUUUGUGCUCAUCAGUACACUUAGUGUAAUACUGACCAUUCUUAAGAAUGAUACACUUUUUCUACAUAUCAAAUUAUUGGACUUUUAAAGUGUCAUUGUAUAGUCAUUCAACUGAGUUUUGCUUUUUAACAGGGUUUAGUAUCACUCAUUUUAUUUACACUUUCAGUGUUGUGAUACUGUUUAAUUACAUAUGGAUGUAUGCUUUACAUAAAAAAGAUUUACAAAAGUUAUUUAUUUUGUAUUAAAAAUCAUCUUAAGAAUCUCCAGGAUAUGUAGCAUAUUUAAAGUAAUUAUAGGACCAAAGAAAAAGAACCAUAAUCAAAACCUGGUCCUAUGUGCCUUGCUUUACCAAAACCCUGCAUUUUCUGGAGGCUAUUAAUUACUGUAAUUCACAGCUUUGGACAUAUUGGCAAAAAUAAGUUUUAAGAAUACCUAUAAUUCAAUUUUUGGGUUUUCAACAUUUGUUCUUUAAAUCUGUUAUUUAAAUGAAAAUUAAAAUAGGUAUAUUAUACAAGCAUAAAUGAACACUACAUUUAAAUAAAGUGUGGUGCCAUUGUUCCAUCAUUGAGCUUUUCAAAACUUUAUUGUAUAAAGCUAUUUUUUUGUUUUUUGUUUGUUUCUUGUUACAAAAUAUAAUUUUCUGUGAUUAAAAAAUUUUUUUUUAAUGAUUUGAAUCCUGAAUUUGUCUAUGUAUUUCAUUUGUUUAGAAAAA